CAUGACGCCGGACACGCCCACGCAGCUCGCCCGGUCUAGCACGGCGACCCCGCCACCGGCGCUGUUUGUCGUGAAUAACUCCGUACUGGUCGGAGGGGGCAGCUGCGCCACUGCUGCUGUACUAGUUUCAGCCGGAACUAGUUCCAGCACCGGGCAAUCGCUGCCUGCCAUGCAGCCCAGUUCUACAACUUUGCAGGACCACAUCUCCCGACAGGUAAGUGCGAGCAACCCAGCGCGGAGCACACCGGGGUCGGUCACGUCGGGCGAAUUUGGGAUGAUGAUCCCAGUGGGUGGAAGUAGCGGGCCUCCGGGGGUGGGUGGACCGUGCGGCAGCGGCGGAGGCUCUUCAGUCCGGGUGGUUGCCGGAGGGGCUGGGGCCGCCAAUUCGGCCGCUCAACAACACCACCAUGAGCAGGAGCAGCAUUGUUCGCGACCCGGCGGGCGGGACUCGUCGCACAGUCAUAUGAUGUUGAGAGUACACAACUCCUCGUCCUCCCGCCCCUCUAUUCUGGUCACGUCAUGCAAAGUACCAAAUCCAAACUCGCUACUGGAUGCUUUUCCUUUAGCGCCGCUCGCAUGACAAGUUCCGGGACGACUGCUCCAAACUACAGUGCUAGAAGUACUCACUCUCUGCGGAAAAUAAAUUUGGCACGUGGCAGGUGCAGUAUUAGUGUUUCUGUUCAUCUUAUAGAAGAUGUCGGCAAGAUGUAGAUGUUCAGGGAACUAGAACUACAUCCAAGGGGUAGUAGGUACUAGUAGUAGUUGUGCACCACAACUUCCAUAAGUCAGCAAGCCCACGCUUGGUCGGAGAUUUUGGAUCGGCUGCGGGACCCGGACCAGGAACUCCUUGUUCCGGGCACAGCAGUUGGGGCUGCAGGCUCGCAGGCGGUGGUCGGCAGCUCGGCCGACAGCAUGUUUCAUGUUUCAACAUCUUCAGUAGGAGCACAGCAGUACCGAAGUGCUGCUGCUCCUCCUGCUGCUGGUGGCAGGCAGGAUCUCGUCUGUGUGCCGCCCAUACCGAUUUCCACCACGACAGACCAAACUCAUCUUUCAUCCGAGGACAGCUCCUCCGUGCCGACGACCUGUCGACUGACGCCCGUGCCGGGACUCAACGCCAGCAUACAGCCGGAAGACUUGAUUCCUGGGGCUACUGCAGGCCGCCGUGGCGCCGCCGGGCUGGCAGCGUUACAGUCACCGGUGGUGCCGUCACCGUAUGAAGACCUCAGCCAGACGCCACACCCCGUCGACCACAUUCCCGCCCCGGAGGGGGAAGGUAGUGAGGCUGCUGCUUCCGCAGGUCUUCCGGCGCAUCGGGGAACCUACUUCGCCGGCGGCGGGGCAACGACCGGUAGCAGACACACGGUAGCGUUGCAAGCCGGCGGCGGUGGUGGUGGACCUGGAACUACCCGGGGAGCUGGACCUGCUGCACAGCAUAAUCUUCACGACCUCAACAGUACUAGAGAAAUAAAAACCAAGGAGCCCUGCGGCUACUUUCCUUCCUUUGGCGCACCUCCGUCUUCAUCUUCCACUCUAGACGGCGGCGGUGCUGCAGCUGGUGGAGGUGACGCAAGUAGUUGUACUUCUAGUAGGGUCGUACUCGAUAGACCCUCCUUUUCGACGUCGCGGCCGCAUGGCAGGCCCGGCGGCGCCAGUGCGGCCGGCGCACACAGUGCCAGCAGUACUACGGGAGGUCAGCAACAGGCAGGUAGUGCGAGUAGCAGUUCUAGACCGAGCUUCAGCAGUCUUAAUCAACGUAGUGAGCGUGGGGGCGGGACCAGGCAAGGCGCAGCGGGUGCGACGGUACAUUCUGGUGCCGGGGCUUUACCUGCUGCACCUCGAGGUGGACGACUAUCUUCUCACGAGCCGCAAGCACAACUGGAAUCACAACCACAUUCACAGUACGGAAACAAGCAACGUAUUAUUAUCUCUGCGCGAAGAACACGCGCGGAGUCGCCUGCCUCGGAGUUUUCUCGGUCGCAUACGCUGGAAGUGCUGGAGCAGCCGGUAGACCUGUUGCAAUCGCAAGAACAGGACGACCACGACGAAAUGGACCGUGGCUGUGCAAUCAGCAUCAGCCCCGCGCCCGCCGGAGGAGGUGGAGGCGCAGCUGCUACUUUCGGAGCGGCUUAUAGAGAAUCAGGAGAAGAAUUAAUAGACCACUUUCCCCGGCAGCCGGCGUGUAACGACUCGAACGACGAGGACGAGCAUACGCGGGAAGACGAGCAGCAUAGCGAUCAUGCAUCUCGACUCCCGGAUGAAAAUUACGCUCGCGACGGACCGCUGCGGCAAUCCUUCCCUCCCCUGUGCAUCAAUACGACCCUGGGCAUCCCGCUGGGCGACAUUCCCAUACUGGGGAUGGGGACCAGCCGGGCGAGCAACAGUGUGUAUCCACUGCAUCAAAAGUCUCGUACUACUUGUAGUAAUUCUCGCACUUCUACGGCAUAUGCGGAUCAGCCUUCUUAAGCUGAAUGGCAAGCUCCGCUCUUCAUUUUGCAAGAUUUUGUCAUCCAAUUUCUACGUAUCGCAAUGAAUACUUUUGCAAUGGUGCAUAGAUUCCAGCCGACGCCGAUAGGCGUGAGCUCCUCCUUCGCGAGACAGCAUCGGCAGAGCCGGCGGCGCAGUAGCCCGGGCGCACGCGGCCGACACGUCGCUAGUGAAGACGAAAAGCAAGGGAGCAGCUGCGCGAGCGGCAGUCCAAGGAGAGUAGACCAUCUUGCCACAGAAGGAGUUCUUCCCGCCUCGAAAGACCACCAUUUCGCUCAACACCUGGACCACGACCAGAACCCGGAGCAUCAUCAUUUCGACCGGCGAGGACCAGGAGCGGCGGGCGCUACAGUAGAGUCUCCCGCCCCAGCAGGGACCACAGGGAGGUCUUAUUGCAAGAACCGCUGUGGGCGGCGAUCUCAAGAAGUAGAGGAGCACUUGCAACGUUCCCCACCUGCACCGCACCCGCUCGUGCAUCAGCUUGGCGCGGCCUACCAGAAGUUCCGCAGCACCACCCCGCCCCGCGCGGUUGGGGCUAUCAAAAUGAAAAGUGUCGUCCCGCCACUCUCAGAACGCCGCAGCCAGGGUUUUUAUAGGAGUGCAAUUUUUGGAUUUCUUGGACAUUCUCAUUCAUCAUGAAAGUUUUUCACAUACAUCAAACACGCCAAAAAUCAUCUCUGGAAGAGUAAUAUGGGCACUUUUCAUUUUGAUAGGGGCAGCCAGUUCUUCAUCUUCAUGUGGGGGAACCACGAGGACUACGUCCGACCACCGGCGCGGCAGCACCCGGCUGUUGCGACGCAGCAACACAAGUCCCCUGGAUGCCGCGGGAAAUCAGGAUCACAGUACGUCGUCGACUGCGGGGCCUGCGGAACAAGCUGCGUCGUGGGAACAAGGAAUACUGGAAUUAAUUCGAGCAGAAGCGGAGGACCACAACAGUUACAACGCGCCGCGGGCGACGUCGCACCCCCAUGGCCAUGGUGGGGAACCAGAGCCGACAGAUCAUGAUCAUGUUCUCGCAAGAACAGGAAGAAGGACCACGUCGCCACAGCGGUCUUUAACCUUCGACAGCCGAAGAAAGCUCCGCAGAGAUGACCGCACUGACCGUGCGCAACAUUAUCUUCCAGAGCUGCAGAUUAGGGAUCCCAGCAUGGGACGACGACCACGUCAACAAACACAAGCAAUUUCGUGUCCUCCGGAGGAGACGCCGGAACGAGAAGAGACAGAGAGCAGCCACUCAGUCCUGCAGCAACCGCAAGAAAGCGCCCUUCCCCUGAUCGCGCCCGUUCCCCGGCCCGGUAUCGUUCACCUGGGGGAGCUGAGAAGCCUGUCUGCGGGCACAAACUACCUCUACGGGUUCGGCAGUUCGCCGGACGACCACGUCGAGGGCUCCUACACCGCCCCCGUAGACCAGUUUCUCGCGGCAAACCAGGGGGCUGUGACUCCAGACCACCUCGUCGGCGCCGGAGGUGCUUCUAUAUUAAGUGCGCCGGGAGGUGUUGUAGGUGAUGGUGUCUCAGGAGGCGCUGGAGGCCAAGUGCAUCUACUUUCGCCCCAGCAGUACUACAGUUGCCACGAGGUAGAUCUGAACUACCCGCACGAGGACAGCCGGCCCACGCCCGGACCCAAUUGGAACAGCACGCUCGCGAGUCUCGCAGCCCUCAGCGUCGCCGGUCCAGCAGAGCAAAAUGUCCCAUCAUCAACAUCUUCCGGGCCGCAGCAGCACCGGGGCCACCAGCCUGCAUCUUCCUCGUACCACGAACUUGUUCCUGCUGGCGCUGGAAUGCUGCCGCUGCACGUGAACCCCUGGGGCUUGGGUUUAUCUGCUACUUCGCCGGCAGGAGCCCGCGGUUUUGUUCCAAGCGGCGGUCAGCAAGAAGCCCCCGCGAGUCGAAUUAAUCGGAGGAGAAAUUCAUCUUGCUCGAGACCCCCGUUUGAAGAUCUUCCGCCGCACAAGCCGGUGGCACGACAGGCCGAAGUCGAUGCCGCGCACCAGCCCCCCAGCACACGAGGGCCUGGAGGACCGGUAGAACAUGAGGCAGGAAGCAUGUUGCUUGCAGCCCACGAGGACCAGCAUGCGGCACCUCUCGCGCUUGCACCGGGCGACACGAGCAGCGGCGCGCCGUCGUGCGAGCCUGAGCCGCGAAGCUGGCCGGGAUCCGUGGCGGUUUCGUCCGCGGCCGGGGAUAGCAACUAGCAUAGGUAGGAGGCGCAGGAUCAUAUCGGAGUUGCUGUGGCUAUCCAUCGGAGCAGGCGGCGGUAAAAAUCGACAACUACUGCGAGCUUGCAUCUGAGGCUGUUGGUCUUGAUGGUAAACCAAGUUUGUAGUUCUACAAACACUGUUUUUUCUUGUACCUUUUCCUUGUCAAGAACAACUGCUGAAAACUAAACUUCAGACGACAUAUCCAUUGUUACAAGUUUGCAGAUUUUACUCGUCAUGAACUCAUAUCUGAUUCACUUACUAACGCAGGAUCCGAUCAGGAACAUAUUGGCAGGCACAGGAGCUGCAGCUCUCAUUACUCUCUCUCCUGCUCUUCUUGCUAAUCUGUCGCUCUCUUCGUGCAUAUGAUGAAAAUGAAAAUGGCAUAAAAGAGUUGGAGUAUACAGUUUAAAGAUAUGCUUCGUAAAAUAAAAAGAACUGCAAAAUAACCACGACGGGCAUUUUUCUAUUCUUUCACGUCAUCAAAUCACCUAGAGAACACAACGCGAGCAGCUCACUGUCACUCACAGUUUUUACGUACAUUGCUUGUUGUCCUCACAGUCACUUGCAAUUCAAGAGGACGUGCAUGCUUUUCUUACUUAUGCAUGGUUUGCAUAACUUUUUACAUACUUAGAGUGAUCCUCAUCUCAACCGACGUACGUUGAUAUCAAACAACAAGACUGACGAGCACUGUGCAUCUUCAUCUUCUUCUGAAAAAACUCGUUUAAAUAAGAACGAUGACAAUGAUUCUUUUAGGCUGUGGUCGGUGCCGACGCCGAGAUGGAGAAUGCCAACGCGCAAAAGAAAAAGCAUGCAAACAACUACUUGUACCAUAGUACGCC